UAUUAAAUUUUUUCAUGCCUUCUGGUUUUUAAUUUUCGGUUUCAAUUUAAAAAAUUUCCAAAUGGAGUUAUUUGUAAAUCUUCACAAAAAUCAGUUGGAGAGUUCCAAUGUUCCAGAGGUUUAUUGGCCAACAUUAUUCAACAAACUAACAAAUGAGAUUUUGGAUGUUGGGGAAUAUUUCAUGAUGGCCCAAGUAAUUGAAGAGGAUGAAGAUGGCAAUGAGAUUGACGGUGUUUCAUGGAAGAUUGUUGUGAAUGUCGACGAACUAACUACCGCUGAUGCUAACAGUAUAUUCUUAAUUGACCAUGCCUGGACGUACAGAGCUGACGAGGCCUGCAGGCAACUUAGAAACGACAGAAAGCUACUUUUGAGGAUGGCUGACUUGAUGGGUGUCUGCACUGAAAACUGUCAGGACGAUGUUGACGAUAUCGUUGAGAAAGUUUUCAGUGAAAUGUGGAGGUUCAACCAGACAUACAGCAUUGGAAACGAUAAUCUGGGCUGUGAAUCGGCCAGUCCAAUCUGGUAUGUGAUGGACGAGUUUGGUAGCAGAGUGCAACAUUCGGACAGUCCAACCGUGAAGAUGGUCCCGUUCUGUUAUGCACCAACAAAAACUGCAUUCACCCUCAUGUGGCCUAUCCAGGAUUUGAAGAGAGGAGAUGAGGUGACGAGGGACUGCGUGAACAUGCCGCCCAAUGUCUCCAGCAAGUUCAGGAGGUUCCUCCUGUCUCCCUGGGUGCCACUGGGUGAAGAGGACGACGACGACGAUGAGGAUAAAGAUGGUGAUAGUGAUGAAAUCUUCAAUAGUAAAUUUUCAGUUCACACCAGCCUGCCAACAAUUCAGGAUCAUCAUCAAGACCUUUCAUCUCUUCACAGGAAGCUUAAAGUAUUUACCGACGUUGAACAAGUGUGCGAUCACCUGAAGCACCCUGCAUUCUCAUUGAUCGACAGUCUGGAAGAGGCAGACAUCAUCUGGACCAAGCAUUACCUCAGUGACUUCAAAUCCUUCAGUGAGGAGACCCCGAACAAACUCAUCAACCAGUUCCCAUUCGAAAUGGUUCUCACCAUCAAGAACAUGCUCUACAGAGUGUGCAAAAAUGAUUCACAAACUUCAGAUGGCCAGAAGACUGACUCCGACCUUGACCUUGCUGACGUCACAAAGUCGCCCAACCCUGACCAUCAUGAAUUUCCUAACUGGUUGGCUGUCACGUUCGACUUGAGGAAUGAACUUGCCAAGUUUAUCAGAUACUUCAGAAGGAGGGAGAAGAGUGCGCUGUGCAACUACUGGAUAGUGAAGCCGUACAAUCUGUCUCGAGGACUGGACAGCCACGUGACUGGGAACGUCAAUCAGAUCGUCAGACUGCUCGAGACUGGUCCUAAGGUGGCCUGCCUGUACAUUGACGAUCCAGUUUUGUUGAGCAGGAAGGACGUGGGUCUCGUUAAGUUUGAUCUUCGCUUCAUCGUCAUGCUCAUCAGCCUGCAGCCUCUCAAGUUGGCCGUCCAUAAGAAGUUUCUCAUUAGGGUAGCCAACAGAGAGUUUUCAAUGAGGAAUUUCGACGAGUAUGAGCAGCAUUUCACCGUUAUGAACUACAAACCCGGGGCCAAGAUGCACAUAAUAGCAUGUGAAGAGAUGGAGCAGAGAUUUGCAGAUCAGUAUCCUUCAUUCGGAUGGAACGAUGUUCUGUCCGACAUCUAUGGAAUGAUCAGCGAGAUGUUCAAACGCGCCAGCAGACUGCCCCCACCGAGGGGCAUAGGGCAUUGCCCCCAAUCGAGAACCAUCUACGGCGUCGAUGUCAUGCUGAAGUGGAACAAACGAGACAACAGACCAGCCACCAUACAGCCAGUCGUACUGGAAUGCAACUUCGGACCGGACAACACGAGGUUCCUCAGAAGCUACCCAACCUUCUUCGACGACAUAUUCGAAACGUUGUUCCUCAACAGUCAGUCUAACCCUAACAUCACGUAUAUAACGUGCUAACCCUGUUGCUAAUGUGGCCGUUGUUAAUGAAUUAGGAGAUGAAGUUGCAGGAUGUAAUGGGAAGUUGACUGGCUCUGUUGAUGAGGUGCCGCCAGUCACUUGUAGUCACAAGAAUAUUUUUAAUGAAACUUUUCAAAGUCGUAUUUUUUAUCAUUUAUAUCAUAUAAUGGUGUAUCUUUAAAUACACCAUCACAAUAAAAAUUGUGAUGGUAUAUUUAAAGACAUCAACUGAUUUUAAAGUUACAAGGACUUUUCCGUUGUUUUAUUAAAAUAAUUUGUUUUAAUGACAUUUAUUACGAAAUUAAUCUUACAUUUUAAAAAUUGUGCAAAUAUAAAAUAUAACUGUCGAUUAAAAAUCUAAUUGGAAAAUAAUCUUGACGAAAAUCUGGUGCUUACACAUUUAAUUUCAUCCACAAAUGUGAUUCGUCAUCUUUCAUUCAUUCCACUUUUAUAAAUUUAUUCACUUAAAUUCUGUCAGACAUCCACAAUGAUGUCUAGUGCAACCUUGCAAGUCCAUACAACACAUCCAACUUUUUCUUGCUCCAUACAACAUGCAACAACACUUCACACACAGGCAAACCACAACCACUAAAGUAAUUCCACCCUACGUGUAAACUGCUGAAUAGUUCUUCAUGUCACUUGCGAUCUUCUGUCCACCAGCCAGGUAGAAGAAGGCAGAGAAGGUGCAGACGAAGAGUGCAGCGAUGCCCACAUAGAAGGCCCAUAUGAAAUUGCCCAACCAACUGAACAGACUGACAUCAUACACCGCGUAUGCUCCUGAUCCAAACACUAUGAUUGAUAUCAUCUCAAAGACCACUGCAACUAAGAUUGCCCCCCCAAUGUAGAGGUAUAUACUGAAGAGGCUUUUGCAGCAAUGGAAGAUGAGGUGGCCCAUGGAGGCCAUGAAACUGAGUGCCAGGAUUCCAAUCCCAAUGGAGAACAUCACUUGAGCUGCUAUGUGCCAAU